AUGUUUGUGUUUUUUAUCCUGUUAGUAGCAUUUACUCUGGCAAAAUCAGAGAAGAAAAAGGAAGACACUGAAUCAUAUAAAGAUAUUACACUUCCUGACUCAGUGAUUAAAUCGAAACUGAGAGUUGCAAGAAGACUUGAACAACAAUUGAAAAUGAGUUCAGCCGACGCGAAGCACGCAGCGGAAUCCAUUUUGUCAUCAAUUGAUGAGACUGCGAUAAAUCCAACACUUGAAAGAGCAAAGGCCGUUGCUUCGAAGGUGAAAAAGGCGGCUAAAGUGACUGAAAAACAUAUGAAAGGGAAGAAAUUGUGUGGCGAUGAAUUGAUUAACUUGGCUAAGAUGUACGACGACAAAAUUAAAGUCCCCAAAUUCGACAUGACAAAAUUGAACGACAUGAUCGACGCGGCCGUGAAGAAAUACACCGUAGCAAACAAAAUGAAGAAGGUCAAGUGUAUGCUGAAGAAGGCAAAGAGAGAAGGACUGAAAAUCGAAGCACCCAAAUCCGAUAUUAAAAGACCACUCAAACUGACUUUGGCUCAACAAUAUCCACAAAUCGCAAAGCUCAUACCUGAAACAGACUCUUUCAUUGACUUCAAGGAAAAGGAAAACGCAAAACAAAUGAUUCAGAACAAACUCAUUAAGAAUAACUAA